GAAGUCUUUCCAAGGGCAGCGAAGCUGUGAGUUUUCCGUUCUUUUGGGGGGCCUCUUAAAUCGGGAGAGGUUUCUGGGCGGGAUCUGCGAACCCUCCUUUUCUUGGCGGGGAUUGGGCGUGCGGUCCCACUUCCCGUAAUGUACGGAGGCAAAGGGAGGGGCUUCAGCCUCCUCGGCGUUAUGUCUUCGGUGCCGGCGGCUUCCAGUCUGCCGGUUCUAUCCUCAGACGCCGGGACACGGGGCUCCGAGGAGCAGGGCGAAACCGAGGUUCAGCAGGCUCCUCGCCGGGGUGCUCACGCCUUCACGCUUGAUUUCAGGUCUUUGGAGCCGCCCAGGAGCCGGAGCUGUCGUGUCCCCUCUCCUACUCCCCGUUGCAAACAAUAAAGACCGUUCGUACGUAGCCCCUGCCAGAGUGCGGACAUUUCGCAGAAGGUUCUCUGGCCGACCUUGGGGAACCUCCAGAUGGCCGCGUCGCUCGGAACCCUCCACGUGGGGACCCUGGCUGUGGGUGCGCGCCGCGCCUUUGCGGGCUCUCUGGCCGGUAGCUCCCUGGCAGACCGGUGCCUCUGGGAUAAGCUCCACGCCCGGUAUCGUCUGGACAGCACCCCCACCUUUGACUGGUUCUUUGGGUACAAGGAAGCCCAGGGACUCCUACUGCCGCUGCUACAGGAGGCACGGGCUGCCUGUCCACCACGUGUAUUGGAUGUAGGCUGUGGGACCUCGAGCCUUUGUAUAGGCCUCUACACCAAGUGCCCACAUCCUGUGGACAUAAUGGGGGUGGACUUCUCUCCUGUGGCUGUGGCCCACAUGAGCAGCCUCCUAGAAGGACGCCAAGGCCAAACACCCCUGUGCCCUGGGCACCAUGCCUCCCAACUCAACUUCAAGCAGGCUGAUGUCAAGAACUUGGAGCCAGUGGCUUCCUCAGGCUCCUUCCAUCUAGUAGUGGACAAGGGCACCUGGGAUGCUGUUGCCCGGGGUGGUCUGCCUGGGGCUUACCAGCUGCUGUCAGAAUGCUUGAGGGUCCUAAGUCCUCAGGGAACCCUGAUUCAGUUCUCAGAUGAGGACCCUGAUGUGCGGCUGCCCUGCCUUGAGCAAGGGUCUCAAGGCUGGACUGUGACUGUGCAGGAGCUGGGCCCUUUCAGGGGCAUCACCUACUUUGCUUACUUGAUUCAAAGGUCUCAUUAAGAAUUUCCUUUGUCCUGAUCCUAGUGUUUCUGUUGAGUGAGGAGAGAGUUGGAGAGAGCUUGGUCUUUGUAUAAUUGCUGGAUAUAAGGAUCUGGCUUCCACAUUUACUCGCUGAAAGCACAUAGUAUUUGUUCCUAUACUCCAGUCUAGUCAUCAGCAAGGGAGGAAUACGGAAUUACGAGGAAAUAAUGGAGUUACAGGGAGUACAUACAGUGAUAGGUGAAACAUUUAGCUGUGCCAAACACAAGAUGAGUGCUUAACAGGGAAAGUACAAAGGGAACAUAACCCAUCCCCAACUAACUGGAACUCCUAAAAGCAGAGGUAAGAAUCCUUAAUCCAAAUCCCGGCAUUGGCUGACAAGCAAUCCUGUGGCCUAACCUCUAAGCCUAAUUUUUCUCACCUGUAAAAGGGGAAGACGGGGGGGGGGAAAAAAUGAGUAGAAAGUCUUCAAAAAAAAAAAAACCUAGGUGAAAUUUAUGAGGGUUAGAGAACAAGACUUACCCUCAAAACUCCUGGGAGACGGGAUGGGAAUAUUCCACAAAGCUUCUACAGAUGCAGGAUCCUAUUGCUGGGUCCAAAGAGGACAAGAAUUGGAGGCUUCUUGCUCUACCUGUUCCUGCCUCCAGCUGAGUUCUGGGUUAAAGGUUCUUAAGGGAAAUUUGACUUCGAGUGGCCUCCAUGUCCAGCCUGGGAGAGCUAAAGAGCCCAUCAACAGUGAAAAAUAUUUCUGAUAUAUUACUGAAUUAAAAAAAAACAAAGUUUGU